AUGGAGGGUACAUUGUUUUUGGCUUUUACCCUACAUCAUCAAGCACGAGUAAAUAAAAGUUGUUUAUUGGGGAACGAGAGUGAAGAGAUGCAUCCAACAAACAAACCGGCGUGGGCAGACAGCCACUUCCCACACUCGGUCCCACUUCCCUUCCAGCUAGUAAUCAUUUACAUACAUUCUCCCAUCUUAACGCUUUCUACCACUUUGAUUAGUAUCACUCCAUUUCUGAUUCAUAUGGCAUGCAAACUUGGAGUACUUACAAUCAACUUAGAGAAUUGGAAAGAGUGGAUUCAAAAUUUGUUACCAUGCCUCGCAGUAUAA